AUGGCUGUUGCUACUAAGGAAAACAAGCCCUUGUCUGGUGUCGCUCUGUACUCCGGCUUCGCCUUCGCUGGCGCGGUCUGCUGCAGUGUGACCCACGGUGCUGCCACUCCUCUUGAUGUCGUCAAGACCCGUAUCCAGCUGGACCCGGUCACCUACAACCGUGGUAUGAUCGGUGGUUUCCGUCAGGUCAUCGCCAACGAGGGUGCUGGCGCUCUCCUGACUGGUUUCGGUCCCACCGCCGCCGGUUACUUCGUCCAGGGUGCCGCCAAGUUCGGUGGUUACGAGUUCUUCAAGCAGCAGUCGAUCAACACUCUCGGAUACGACACUGCCCGCAACAACCGUACCGCUGUCUACCUGGCCUCUGCUGCCGCCGCCGAGACUGUCGCCUCCAUCGGUCUCUGCCCUCUCGAGGCCACCCGUAUCCGUCUCGUUUCCAACCCUCAGUUCGCUACCGGUCUGCUGAGCGGCUUUGGUAAGAUCCUGAAGCAGGAGGGUAUCGGUGCAUUCUACUCCGGUUUCGGCCCCAUCCUGUUCAAGCAGGUCCCUUACACCAUGACCAAGUUCGUCGUGUUCGAGAAGGUCGCCGAGGCCGCCUACGGCCUCGUCGACAAGGACAACCUCUCCGCCGGUGCCAAGACUGGUGUCAACCUCGGUGCCGGUCUCGUUGCCGGUCUCGCCGCUGCCAUUGUCUCUCAGCCCGCCGACACUAUGCUCUCCAAGAUCAACAAGACCCAGGGUCUCCCCGGUGAGAGCACUGCUUCCCGUCUCAUUAAGAUCGGUAAGGAGCUCGGCCUCCGCGGCUCCUACUCCGGCAUUGGUGCUCGUCUUUUCAUGGUUGGCGGUAUUACUGCCGGUCAGUUUGCUAUCAACGGUGACGUCAAGCGCAUCUUGGGUGUCACUGGUGGUGCUGAGAUCGCCAAAUAG